UUUUUUUUAUCCAGGAAGCAGUGUGGUUUUUGUCCAACAUUACUGCUGGUAAUCGAGUUCAAGUACAGGUAAACAAAAAUUGGCUUCUAAUAUUAUAUCGGAUAUAUUUAUUAACCCACCAGGAGUAAUGCAACUAUAUGAAAUUUGUAUUCCCGUUACAGGAAGUUAUUGAUGCAAACCUUAUUCCUCUUAUAAUUGAUGCUUUGGAAACGGUAUGGAAACACAUUAACUCAAUACAGUUACUAUUUUAUUACCUGAAUCGUUCAGUAUAUAUAGAAAUCGUCUACGGUUGUUUUUUGGUGGAUAGUUGCAAAUUGCAAUGUCAUAAGCAACAUGGUAGACCGUAUACAUGUUGUGGACUUACCAAAAAAUAUACAUGACGGCAAUAUAUACUUUGGACCUCAAUAGAUCGAAUGUAUCGAUCUAUUUAGCGUCAUACUAGGUAAUUAUUAACCAUGCAUAUAUGUUCUUGGGCUCUUGGCCCUUGAUGUUUACAACUAUGGACGAGACUUUGUAUCGUAAAGGCUCGUUUACACUUGCAAUUUUUGCUGCGAUUUGAGGUGCGAUUUUCUCCUUCUGAUGGAUGUGAACGAGUGGAUAAGUUAUGAAUGUUCAGAUGAGGGUACAUAUACUCCGAACAUUCGUAACUCAUCUACUCGUUCACAUCCAUCAGAAGGAGAAAAUCGCACUAGAAAUCGCGGUAAAAAUUGCAAGUGUAAACGGGCCUUAAGGAGAACAGAUUCUGUUUAAAGUAUAUAAAUACCGUAAUAUCAUAUCCAUGCUAUGUGUUUUUGUCCAGGGUGAAUUUCAAACACAGAAAGAAGCUGCCUGGGCAGUAAGCAAUCUAACCAUCAGUGGUAGUCCUCAACAGGUAAACAUAUACUGUGUAGUAGACAGCGUCAGCAUAAUGCCGAGGAUUUAUAUAGUUAACAACUGCUGUAUAUAUAGCAACUUGGUAUUUCAUACUUCAGUGUGUCUGUCAUGUUUUAAUUUGUGUCUUCAUCAUCUUUGUUUAACUAGGUUUCAGUUCUGAUUCAAGCAAAUGCAAUACCUUCAUUCUGCAAACUACUAGAUGUCAAGGAUCCACAGGUAUGUUAUCUUAAUUCCUGGUUUUGUCAUUUUGUAUUUCCUUAAAUUCUAGUUUCUGCGCUUAAGGAUUUACGGUAUAUGCGUGUUUUGUGCAAAACCUUAACGUUUUUAACCAUUGCUUGCAAUAUUGUCAGUACUCAGCACGCUAACGCACUGAGCAUAGGCAUGCAAUGAAUUGUGAAAUAGUUUGUUCUCCAUUGAACUUAUAUAUAUAGUUGUUAUUUUGUGGUUUGAAUUGUAAAAUUAUUCAGCAAACUGAAUAGCUGAAACAAUAUAUAUGAAACAGUAAAUUAUACUUGGGAUAAUAAUCAUGAUAAUUCACAUGCAUGGGUCAUUUUUAAACUGCUGUACUUUAACUAUCCGGAUGAAUUGCACACUCCUGUCGUAUUGUGUUGAAGAUCUGAUGAUUGACCAUGUUUAUCUCUUCAGGUCGUUCAAGUUGUGUUGGAUGGUCUCCAUAAUAUGUUAAAGGUGGGAUGAUUCUGCAAUCUGAUUUCCGUAUUUUCACUUAUUCCGUGCAUCUAUUGUGCAUGUAUAUUCUCUUGCAAAAAGUCAGAUAAUUUCAAUAGCGUAGAAUUGCGGUGUAGAUGCAUGUAAAUGUAAAUUGCAAAUUAUUGCAAACACGAGUCACUCCAGCUAUACGUCACAAGGCCCAAUCUCUUGAGAAAUUAUUUCGCUGGAACAAAUGCGAAAAAGUGCUCUAUUUUGCAGUUUCAAGCCUUAUAAAAAAUACGGGAAACAAUACAUGCAAAAUGGACAUACGUGUAUUCCUGUAAAGGCUCUACUUUACGUCGAUAAAAUAAAAAAUGGGUGAUGGCAGUUUAAUAACUUCUCCCCUUUACUUCAUGUAGAUUACUUUUUCUAGUAUGCCGAGAGAAAUGGUUAAGUGAAUUUACACAUUUGUUAGCGAUAUUUUGUCAAUAAAAUCUGAAAACUUACAUGCGAUAUUUGUCAAUAAAAUCUGAAAUGUCUGGGUUUCAGUCGCGUGAUACGUUUAGCGCUUGGUGCAUGGUCAACUCCAGAUGGAAACACAUCAGAUCGAGUUAAAUAUUCAUUAUAAGUAUUGAUCUUGUGUUUGGUAUCAAAUAUAUGCAAUGGACCAUUUGCAUUAUAGACUAAAUUUUGAUCUAGACAAGUCUAGACAAAAAUUUCAUCACAGCUCGAAAGAGCAUCACAAAAUAGUAAUAUUCCAAAGUUUCGUUGCGAAAUGUUGUAAAAUGCGGAUAAUAUAGCCUUGCGAAGUUUGCCAUUUUUCAGUCAUUUUGUAUUACAAACGGGAAAUUGACAGCCCAAUCGGGUGUUGGUGCAUCAAUUUCCCGUUUGUAAUAUGUACAAAAUAACUGAAAAUUGCAAACUUCGCAAGGUUAUAUAUAUUAUCCGCAUUUUACAACAUUUCGCAACGAAACUUUGGAAUAUUACUAAUUUUGUGAUGCUCUUUCAAGCUGUGAUGAAAUUUUUGUCUAGACCAAAAUUUAGUCUAUAAUGCAAAUGGUCCAUUCAACGAAAUGUACUUGCUUCCACAAGGCAUAAAGCGGCAAUAUGUGUAAAGUUGACCACCAAGCGGUUUCCCUAUGUAUAAGUCUUGAGUGAAACCCACCCAUAGGUAGCAGUGGCGGGCGAAAUAUUUGGGGGCAAACAUAGUACUAUUAUUAAUAAGAGUUCUUUAAACAUUUUUGUCUUAAAUUUCAUGUCAUAUAUAGCUAAUUUACAGCCUAGCAAUACUUUCAUGGCUGAAAAAUUAUUGUUACAGUUUUGCUACCCAGUUAUUUAGCCAUCGUUCAAAGGCUUUCAAAAAUUAUUGCCCCUGAUUUAACUCACAACAAUGUUGUUCCUUGCAGAUGGCUGGGGACGACAGUGAUGAGAUAGCGAGAAUGAUAGAAGAAGCUGGAGGUUGGUGUAAAGUUUAUUACGUGAAAAAUAUCAUGUUUAUCAUGUUUGAUUGUCAAUAGCCGUCGAUGCCAAGGUUUUGAUGGUAUUGUGUUAGAUAAUGGAGAGGUUUGGAUUUGACUACCGCUACCGCCACCAUUAAGGGACCAUUAAACAAUCAGAUGCGUUUGAUUUAUCCGAAUCAGCCAAUCAGAUGCCUAUAUAGUAAGCCAGUGAGAGGUGGUGAAAGUCAAAUCUGAACCUCUCUAUUACAGUACUUUACAGAAGUUUUAGGUCACCUCAAAAUCAUGGCCACAGAAGUUAGGGGGAGCCAUGGAGCUCCAUGUAUUUUAAAAGAACUCGGUAGUUACAGGCCAAUCAUGUGAAGGCAGUGGAGCUACCUUCAUGUGGAGCUACAGUAUCUUUCUAGGCCUGGAGUUGGAUAACAACUCCAAAAAUCAGAUAGAACCAGUUAUCUAAGUCUCGAGUUACAAUAAUGGCUGCGUCAAGCAUAGACCAUUGGCGUAGACUAAUCAUCAUUCAUCAAUCUCCAGGCAUGCUCAAAAUAGUUUCUGCGCAUUUUUCAACUUUUUAAUUGCCUUCAACGCAAUAGAAAUGUCGAUGUACUGGUAUCAUCCAUUUACCAAAUUGGCUGUUCAAUUACUUUGUAAAGAAUGCCCAAUGGAGUUUAGGUCAUGGCUUUGUAGUCGCAUUUCCUCUCAAACCAAGUGAAUGUGUUACUCGCUCUGCAUGACGUGGGGAGCUUCGUCUUUGGCGAGUAUUUGUCUCUAUCUGUAGUAAACGGCUUUAAUGUCAAGAAACGCAUAUUGUGUAUUUGAAACACAGCCAGAACAUAUAUUUUGAGUGAAAUGCGCAAAAAUAUUUCGGAAGUAAAGAGGAAAAUAACGUUCACAUAUCAAGAAAAACAUGGAAACAAAGUUGAAAUUCUCAUAAAAUUAUUCCCAGUGUUGGCAACAACAAAGCCUUAAAAAACUACUCUGUUAAACAUACAGUGUUUUCUUGCUAUCAAAUGCAAAAAAAAAAACAUAAGACGAAACGUAUGCUUUAGAAGACGAUACAUUUUUUAAGCGGAAUUCGUUGGUAUUUAAGCCUUCGAGGGUGACUUAAAACCUCUGCACAGUACUGUAAAUACCAAAGAAUCACGUAUGGGGAAUAUUUGUCAGUGGUAAGUCACCAUUUUCAGUGUGUCCAGUCACAAUAGGGCCAUUUAUAGGGAACAAAAUAAGACGCGACUUAGGUAAGACGCGAGUUUGUCGUAUAAAAGGUACAAAAUUCUUAUGUAAGACGCGUCUUGGAUAAGACGCGUCUUACAUAAGAACAGGUCUUUUAGCUGUUCUUAUUUAAGUCGCGUCUUAAAUAAGAAAUUUUGAACAAAAAGUCUAACUACACAUGCCAGAAACUUGAAACAACGUAAAAUUUAAUGCCUUGCAUAUUAAAACAAAAACAACCAAAACAACAUUAUAGCUAUAGCAAAUAAAUAAGACCAAAGCCGUAGAGAACCAUUUAUGCGAUAACUCCACUUAUUUAAGUCGCGUCUUAUGUAAGUCGCGACUUAUUUUGUCACGUAUAAAUGGCCCUAUUGUAUUUCCUCUGCAGUACCGAAGCCGGCCUGUUUGCGACUGUCAACUAGUGCACUGAAAUUACAGAACGUAAAGUAUUAAUUGCUCUUUUUCUUCAGGUUUGGACAGAAUAGAAAAACUACAACAGCAUGAAAAUGAAGAAAUAUAUAAACUCACGUAUAAAAUUAUUGAUAGAUUCUUCUCUAACGAGGUAGGUGAAACUACAACAGCAUCAUGCAUGAACCUACAAUUAAAACUUAUUUAUUCAGGCAACUUUGUGUUUUUCCAAAUGUUUUGUUUGCAAUAGUGUUUUGAGGUAAGAGCGGGACGAAACUAGGCAGUAUGUUUGCACAUUGGAAUCAGCAUUCAACAAUCAUUAUUGCUAAUCCUGUUUACAGUUCGUGUUAUUAAAAUCAACCCCAAUAGAGCGUUUACGCAUGACGUCACAGCCGCCAUGUCGGUGUUCCAAUUCAAAAGAAUUUUAAUUAGACUCUUUUGUCUGGAACAUCAACAUGGCCGCCAUGGCUUUUGUUGAGUUGGUCCCUGGGAAAUGAGAAAUGAGUGCAAACGCUCUAUAAUAGUUUGUGUUUACAUUUAUUUCGCCCCGAAUUUCUUCUGGCCUUUAUACCGGGAAGACGUCAAGCGUUCUGAGCAUUUUUUUAACGCGAUCUCGGCAAGUAGAACAAUACUAUGACCAAAACAAAAGCUUCUCCCUUAGAUUUCAUCCUGCCGUCUCAUGUGAACGGGGCCUAUCAAAGUUUGUUCAAUGCCCAAACUACCCUGACAAUUUUGAAAUCUACAGCCACUGAAGUGUAAUUUCCUGCAUUUUGUAUUCUAUGUGAAGAUUCAUGAUUGACUUAUCCUUGUCUCCCUUUAGCAAAACAGGUCACCUUAUACUUCUCAUAAUUCUUGUCAUGCAUGAUUGCCUCGAUAUUUUUCCUCGAGUUAAACGAAUUGGGAACUUGAUCAUGGAAAGAACUAGGACGGGGGGGGGGGGUGAUGUCUCCCCUAUACCCUGUGUCUAAUCGCUGUAUGUUUUGUGUUUUGCACAGGGUGAUAACGACGAACAAGAAUUCGCACCACAGGAAGUUGAUGGAGGAUUGCAAUUUAACGCGCGCGAUAACAUCCCUGAAGAAGGCUUCAAAUUUUAGAGUGCUCCAAAAUAUGCGAAAUAAAAUUGGGAACAUCAUAUGGGGUCGUUGCCGAGAUAGAUCAAGACUAACGUCUGCCCGCACUCCCCGUCGCGACAGCUUGCCCGCAACCCCCCGUCGCUGCAGCAUCCACACGAUGAGAUGAAAUUAUCCGCCUCGUUUCUGGGUGCUUGUAAAGAAACGGAAAAAUCAUGGACAAAAGACUAAGGUUUGAUGAUUUUUCCGUAAGACGUUGCCACGCCCUGCUAUGGUGGUUCUUGAUCUGCGCGGAUGUUAUAAAUGGAAACAUAUAAACUGAACAUUGACUCGUCUUAACAAUGGCUUUAUUUUAAUUUGCCUGGUAUUGUAUAUAGGUUUUUCACUGAAAUUGUAUAUUUUAAAACAGUGCAUUUAAAUGUAAAGAUAGCCAGUGUUCGCAAUACUUGGCUUAUAGCAUCAGUUCAGUUAACACUGAACGUGGUAAAUAGGAUAAUGACAAGCGUUUAACUUUUGUUUUUGUUGUGACU